CUCCACCCUGUACAGUCAUUGGACCUUUCUUACUGAGCAUGUGUAUGUACCGCAUAGCUGUUAACAUUUAGAGAUGGCUACGGACAAGCAAAACGAACCUAAAGUUUCCCCCAUGGAUGAAAAUAAAGAAAAUUUACCGGAUGGAGGACUUGGACUGGAGAUCUUGCAAAUAAUCAAGGAGUCCCAGCAGCAGCAUGGCCUCAGACACGGAGACUAUCAGAGAUACAGGGGCUACUGCUCCCGCAGACUGCGGCGCCUGCGAAAGACUCUUGGUUUCAAGAUGGGCAACCGACACAAGUUCAUUGGCAAGAAGAUAACUGUUGAAAUGCUCUCUGACAGCAGGUAUCUGCUGUUGGUCUUGAUGGAGGCAGAGCGCGCAUGGAGUUACGCCAUGCAGCUGAAGCAGGAGGCCAAUACAGAGCCACGUAAACGCUUCCACCUGCUGGCAAGAUUACGCAAGGCUGCCAAGCACAGCGAGAAGCUGGAGAAGCUCUGUGAGAGCCCCAAUGUUGACGCCAAGACCAAACUUGAGGCACAGGCCUACACUGCCUACCUGACAGGUAUGGUCGAGUUUGAACUGCAGGAAUGGAAGCGUGCCAUGGAGGCCUUCAACAAGUGCAAAACCAUCUAUGAGAAGCUGGCCAGUGCUUUUACUGAGGAGAUGGCAGCUCUGUAUCGCCAGCGUGUGGAUGAGAUAUCACCCAACAUUCGCUAUUGUGCUUACAACAUUGGUGACCAGAAUGCCAUCAAUGACUUGAUGCAGAUGAGACUGACUGGUGGAGGAGGAGGCAUGAUGGCUGAGAAACUGGAGGCCCUUAUCACUCAGGCAAGAACCAAGCAGGCAGCCACCAUGAGUGAGGUGGAGUGGCGAGGACGGACGGUGCCGGUAAAGAUCGACAAGGCCCGCAUUUUCCUGUUGGGUCUGGCGGACAAUGAGGCAGCUAUUGCUCAGGCAUCUAAUGAGGAGACCAAAGAGCAUCUGUAUGAGACCCUGCUGGCCGAGUGCAGAGACACCAUCCAGGCUGUGAGGGAGGAACUCAAGGCUGAAGCGAAGCAACGAGAGAGGAGCUCUGACACUGACAGUGGAAAGGUUUCCAACCUGCAGUUCCUGCACAGUUAUCUGACCUACAUCAAGCUGUGUACGUUGGUGAAGAGGAAUGAGAGCAUGGCCCGUACUCUGCAGGCUAAACUGAAGGAACCCGAAGCUGAUGAGAACAAGAGAGGUCCCCGUCCACAGGACCUCAUCCGCCUGUACGACAUCAUCCUGCAGAGUCUGGCUGAGCUUUCCACCCUGCAGGGUCUUGAGGAUGACCACACCUUCCAGAAGGAGGUGUCCCUCAAGACUCUGGUCUACAAGGCCUACAGAUGUUUCUUCAUAGCUCAGUCUUAUGUGCUGGUGAAAAAGUGGAGUGAGGCUCUGGUUUUGUAUGAGAGGGUGCUGAAAUACGCCAAGGAGGUCCAGUCUAAGGCCAAGGGCCUCAACAACAGCCUCAAGGAUCUCCCUGACGUUCAGGAGCUCAUCGCUGAGGUCAAUGCUGAAAAAUACUCUCUUCAAGCUGCUGCCAUUUUAGACACGGAUGAGACUGCUGAAGUUCCUUCUCAGCAGCAGGUGAAAGACAACAUGCCCCUCUGCAACCGCCUGGAUACCUUCCGCCUUGACCCCGCCCUCCUAGGAAAACAGCCCAAUCUGGUCCAGUUCCCUCCUGACUUCCAGCCAAUCCCCUGCAAACCCCUUUUCUUUGAUCUUGCUCUCAACCAUGUGGCCUUCCCGCCACUGGAUGAUAAGGUGGAGCAAAAGGGCAAGGGCGGUCUCACAGGUUACAUCAAGGGCAUCUUUGGCUUUGGCAGCUAAAUCAGUCCCCAGGUUCUGGUUUCCACAGGAGAGCCGCCAGGCCCCCCAGUUUACUGCAAACCACCAGAAUUUGGUCUGUUGUUAAUUAGAAUAAUUUCAGUUAUGUUUAUGUUUGAUUUUUGCUGCCUGAGUGCACAAUGGAUGGAGUUUGCAUUUCUGAGGUCGGCACAGUGAGACUAAAACUUCCGAGAAAGAUUACGGACUCUAAGUGAAUUCAUUUCAAGUAGCAAUAUGACCCGAGUCCACCUGCCACCUUUGGUAAUAACACCAGGCUGUGUGGGUUCCUUGCAUACAGGCUCCCUCCCUCCUGACUUUGAGCUACAGAUGUGUCUCUGUGGCUGUAAGUGUUCAGGUUGCCAUAAGUUAAGUACAGCCAAGUUUUCAAUCUAGCAGCCCUGUCAGAGUAAACCUAGCCAAAUGGGCACCAUUCGUUAGAUUAGGUUUUUUUCCUGUUAUGUAAGCGCCUUUUAUUUAAUUACGUCUUGGGGUUUUUUUCUGUAUGUCAGAGAUGUUUUCAGCAUUGUUUCAUAAAUACCCUGUGACAUGUAGUGGGGCAAACUAAGCUGUUCGAUCACCAUAGUUUCAACUGUGUCCCAUUUUUUCCUCCCAUGACCUUUUCUUCAGUUUUUCCUCCUCUUGAUUGUGCAUUAAGACACCAUUAAAUGAUUCAGUGCUUCACUUCAUACACUCAGAAGCCACACAGAGAAUUAUUUCCUGAGGGGAAAGGGGGGAAAAAAAACACUACAGGGUGAUAGCAUAGCGAUAAAUCGGAUAUGAUUUGCUUUUUAAAAAGCAUGAGAAGAAAGAUAUCUCAAUGCCCUUUUGUUGUCUUUUGCAAGUGUCUCUGAUGUGUACAAGUCACACGAACAGAACUUUUCAAAUGGAGGAAGACUGAAUUAAGAAAAUAAGUCACGUGAAGAACUGGGAUAAGCUUGAAAGUUUUAGGUGCAUCAAGAGAAUGACAAAAGACAAAGCCACGAAUCACAGAGUGAAAAGAUGCUUUUCCUCAUAAAAUAAGCAGGUUGAUUCUGUGUCUUAAUUUGUCAGUUGUCAACUGCGGCCUGCACAGAUCAUACUGUAUGUCGUGCAUGAGACUUGACACUAAGCCUCUCAUCGUGUUAGAGAAGGAUCCGACUGCUCCAGCUUGUGUACACGGGAGUGCAAGCCUCAUUUUUAACACCCUUCAGUGUCUCACAUUAGCACGACAAAACUUUUUUACAACACGGCCUCUUGACUGAUGACCAUCUGGCAUCAGCACAGAGAUGGGAGAUGAUGGUGAGUGCUGCUCUUCAGAUUAUAAGUAAUUUUUUUUUACUCUGGUAUUUGUUUUUUAAACUUCAGCAGAAUCUCUGGUGUAGGACAGCAGCAGCCAGAGUUUUAGCACCUUUUCAUUUAUCACACCGCUGCACCUGUGUGUCUAUCAUAAGAAGGACUAAAAGUUUUUCCAUCAGUAAUGACAUCUUUUGAAUAUAAUGUAAUGCUUGAACAAAAAAUCUUUUGUUAUCGGUGGCUUCCCAGCCAUAAUGUUCACACCAAAGCAGCAUCUGAUUUCCCUGUGAUACCUAAAGUAUUGUUUCAGUGUCACUCACCCACUCACACAUUAAACUGUCUUGCUCACUAAUUUUUAACCUGUCUUUUUUUUAUGCUUUAUUUUUUUUCCCUUUUUUCUUCCCCUGCUCUGUUGUGUUAAUGAAUAAUGAUGGGCGUGCUGGAAUCGUUCCAGCAAUUGGGCCUGGACAACAGUCAAUCAAGAUAGAUAAUUGUUGGAAAGAGACGUGAAAUGAUGAGAAUGUAUGAUUUGAUUUUGUUUUCCAAGCCUAUAAUUAAAAUAUAUUUGCACCCA